CAGAUAAUUUCAGUGUUUCGUUAUCUGUUGACUUAUGGGUUACUUAGCAGUUUAUUUCUUAAUUUCUAAGCACAUGAAGAUUUUCCAUUUAGCUUUCUGUCAUUGAUUUCUAGCUUAAUUGAACUGUAGCUAGAGAGUUCCUAAUUUCAGACCUUCAGAAUUUGACUGUGGUCCAGUGUAUGGUAGCUUGUUACCAAUGGUCCAUGUAUGCUUGAAGGAAUGUGUGUCCUAGAGAGGUUGGGUAGAGUAUUCCAUAAAUGUCCAUUAGUUCAUGUUUUUUUUUUUUAAUCCUGCAGUUCAAAUCUUGUGUAUUUAGAUUCUUGUUUGACCUGCUUAUUCCAUCAGAUACUGACAGAGGUGUCAAAAUCUCCCAGUACAGUUAGUUGUUCCUGUUAUUGUCCUCCUGGGGAACUGAAAGUUUUAGGCUUUAUCGCAUAUUUUUUACUUUAGAUUUUGUGUUGCUUAAUUUUAAUAUAGUGUACUUUCUUUUGAUUACUAUUUUCAUGGUAUUUAUGUGUCCAUCCUAUUACUUUCAAUCUUUCUGUAUUCCUGUUUUAUGUAUGUCUCCUGUAACUAGGGAAGUCCAGCCAGGUAAUCUGUAGCUUUUAAUUGGAACAGGUUAAUCCAUUUUCAUAUAAUGUAAUGACAGAGGUCAUAUAUUUUAAUUUAUACCUCCAUCUUAUUUUGCUGUCUCUAUUUCUUUUCCUCUUUUUUUUCCCCCUCCUGUUUUUGAAUUGAUUUUUUAAAAAUAAAUUCUUAUAAAUUCUAUUUCUGCUUCGGUACUAGUGUGGAAGCUAUACUUUCUUUAAAAAAAUUUUUUUUUUAAUCUUUAUUUAUUUUGAGAGAGAGACAGAGUGUGAGCAGGGGAGGAGCUGAGGGGAGGGAGACACAGAAGCCAAAGCAGGCUCCAGGCCCUGAGCUGUCAGCACAGAGCCCGACGCGGGGCUCAAACUCACAAACUGCAAAAUCAUGACCUGAGCCGAAAUCACUUAACCCACUGAGCCACCCAGGGGCCCCUGGAAGCUAUACUUUCUAUUUCCGUUCCUUUAGUCAUCUCUCAAGAAAUUCUAAUAGGCAUUCUCAACUUAAGGUGAUGUUAAUCAUCACCUUUCCUGUCCUUCCAGGAUAAGUGCCUGAAGAGCCUGUAACUCCUUUUGUCCUUUCCUUACUCAAGUGCUGUUGUUAUGUGUUUUAGUUCUCUCUAUAUUUUUAAAUCUCACAUGACAUUAUUUUCGGUAGUGAGUCUCCAUGUAAAUUUACCCAUAUAUUUAUUACGUUUUUUAGCUUUUCACUUUUUUCUUGCAUCCAGACCUCUCUGUGAUCAUCUCCCAUUUUCCAGAAGUAUGUCCUUUGCAUUUCCUGUGCUGUGGGUUAGCUGGAGGUGAACUCUCAGGUUUUGGUUCACUACAAAUCAUUCUCCCCCCUCCUUCUUGAAACAUAUUUUUAACUGACUGCUAAGUGCUAGGUUAAUAGAAUGCUAGGAUAUAGGAGGGAGGGAAGAGGAAGAGAAGAGAAAGAGAGCAUGAGAGCUCUCUAGUCUCUUCUAAGGACACUGAUCCUGUUGCAUCAAAGCCCCACCCUUAUGACCCCAUUCAGUCUUUAUUACUUCUUAGAGGCCCUGUCUCCAAAUACAGCCACGUGGAGGGGUUAAAGCUUUGGCAUGUGAACUUUGGGGGGACACAAACAUUGAAUCCACACUAGGUGACAUUUACAUAAUGGUUGAGCUCUUAUGGCUUAUAAUUAUAUUAUUUCUGAUGUCUCUGCUGUUAAUAGUGAAUCAUUUCCCAUGUAUUUGGGCAUAUUUUUGCCCCAUAAUUAUUUAGCACGUGUGUAGGGAAGAGAAUAAAAUUUGUACAUAUGUUUCUGGAAUCUACAAAAUUUGUUGGUGAAGUUGUUGUACACUUCGCAGCUAAAUUCUAACCAUCUAUUACAGUUAAGUAAAUAUUUUCAACUUAUUUACAUAUUGAUUCUAUUUUUCUUUAUCUUAGCUGUGUUGGUGUAGAAGAACAUCAUGCUGUUGACAUUGACCUUUAUCACUGUCCCAACUGUGCAGUUCUACAUGGUUCCUCCUUGAUGAAAAAGAGGAGGAACUGGCACAGGCAUGACUACACCGAAAUUGACGAUGGCUCCAAACCAGUGCAGGCUGGGACCAGGACUUUUGUUCAGGAAUUACGUUCUCGAGUCUUCCCAAGUGCCGAUGAAAUCAUUGUAAAGAUGCAUGGCAGCCAGCUGACACAAAGAUACUUGGAGAAACAUGGAUUUGAAGUUCCUAUUAUGGUCCCCAAAUUAGAUGACCUGGGACUCAGGCUCCCUCCACCUGCUUUUUCAGUCAUGGAUGUGGAACGCUAUGUAGGUGGUGACAAAGUGAUAGAUGUCAUUGAUGUGGCAAGGCAGGCAGACAGCAAAAUGACACUUCACAAUUAUGUUAAAUACUUCAUGAAUCCUAACAGACCAAAAGUGUUAAAUGUGAUCAGCCUUGAAUUUUCAGAUACAAAGAUGUCUGAAUUGGUGGAGGUCCCUGAUAUAGCCAGAAAACUGUCCUGGGUGGAAAAUUAUUGGCCAGAUGAUUCAGUUUUUCCCAAGCCAUUUGUUCAGAAAUAUUGCUUAAUGGGAGUUCAAGACAGCUACACAGAUUUCCAUAUUGACUUUGGGGGAACUUCAGUUUGGUACCAUGUCCUCUGGGGUGAGAAGAUUUUCUAUUUGAUAAAACCAACAGAUGAAAACUUGGCACUCUAUGAGUCUUGGAGUUCAUCUGUGACCCAGAGUGAGGUGUUCUUUGGAGAUAAAGUGGAUAAAUGCUACAAAUGUGUGGUAAAGCAGGGACAUACAUUAUUUGUUCCCACAGGGUGGAUACAUGCUGUGCUCACAUCUCAGGACUGUAUGGCUUUUGGAGGGAACUUUCUGCACAACCUUAACAUUGGCAUGCAGCUCAGGUGUUAUGAGAUGGAAAAAAGGCUAAAAACACCAGAUCUUUUCAAAUUCCCUUUCUUUGAAGCCAUAUGUUGGUUUGUAGCCAAAAAUUUGCUGGAAACCUUGAAAGAGCUGAGAGAAGACGGUUUCCAGCCUCAAACGUACCUGGUACAGGGAGUGAAGGCACUGCAUGCUGCUUUAAAAUUAUGGAUGAAGAAAGAACUUGUAUCUGAACAUGCCUUUGAGAUCCCAGACAACGUCAGACCUGGACAUCUUAUUAAAGAACUUUCAAAAGUAAUUCGCGCAAUAGAGGAGGAAAAUGGCAAACCAGUUAAAUCUCAGGGAAUUCCUACUGUGUGUCCAGUUUCACGAUCCUCAAAUGAAGCAACUUCCCCAUAUCAUUCCCGACGAAAGAUGAGGAAACUUCGAGAUCAUAAUGUCCGAACUCCUUCUAAUCUAGACAUCCUAGAGCUCCAUACAAGGGAGGUCCUCAGAAGGUUAGAGAUGUGUCCGUGGGAAGAGGACAUCUUGAGCUCUAAACUGAAUGGAAAAUUUAACAAACAUCUCCAGCCAUCUUCCACGGUACCUGAAUGGAGAGCAAAAGAUAAUGAUCUACGAUUAUUGCUGACAAAUGGAAGGAUAAUUAAGGAUGAGAGACAGCCCUUUGCAGAUCCAAGUCUUUAUACAGCAGAUAGUGAAAAUGAAGAGGACAAGAGAAGGACAAAAAAGGCCAAAAUGAAGAUGGAAGAGAGUUCAGGAAUAGAGGGGGUGGAGAAUGAAGAAUCUCAAAAACCACUUAACAGGUUUUUUACAAGUGUGAAAUCAGAACUCAGGAAUCGAUCAUCAGAAUAUUCUGAUAUUUCUGAUUCAGAAGACUCUGGACCUGACUGCACUGCACUGAAAAAUAAUUUUACCACUGAAGAGUCUGAAAGUUCAGGUGAUGAAAAGAAACAAGAAAUAACAUCAAACUUCAAGGAGGACUCUACUGUGAUGAGGAACUUUGUUCAAAAGGGCCAGAAGCCAUCUAGGAAUGAAAUUCCAGUUAAAAGGGAAUGUCCUACCUCGACGAGCACAGAGGAAGAAGCGAUUCAGGGCAUGCUGUCUAUGGCAGGGUUGCACUAUUCCACAUGUUUACAAAGGCAGAUACAAAGCACAGACUGCAAUGGUGAAAGAGACUCUCUCCAGGAUCCCAGCGGCUGCCACAGCAGUAACCAUGAGGUCAGACAGGUGUAUCGCUGUGACAAACCAGUGGAAUGUGGGUACCAUGUCAAGACUGAAGAUCAAGACUUGAGGAGUUCUUCCUGGAGAAAACAGUUGGAUACCACUUCCAGAUUUCAUCUUCAGGAUCUUAGUAGAGGCCAGAAAUGCAUCAAAAAGGAAGGUUCAUCCGAAAUCAUUCAGAAGGUACAAAGUAGAAAUUCUGUGGACAGCAGUGGCUCAAGCCCUCAAAAUGGAAAGUAUACGCAGAAUUCAAGCUUGAUUUCAGGGGCGUGCCAGAUGAAUAAUGGCAGUAUAAGCCCAGAAAGGCCAGUUGGUGAAACUUCCUUUUCAGUGCCCCUUCACCCCACCAAGAGACCUGCAUCAAAUCCACCACCUAUCAGCAACCAGGCAACAAAAGGUAAACGUCCGAAAAAAGGAAUGGCAACAGCCAAGCAACGUCUUGGGAAGAUCCUUAAGUUGAACAGAAAUGGCCACGCCCGUUUCUUUGUGUGACGGGGCUGCUGCUGUGGCCAUUCUUCCCUUUGGAGACAGACUGGUUUCGGGGGCGCAGGAGCCUGGAGCUCCGGCCGGGCCCUCGCCUGACGCGGUUUGCAUGUACAGUAGAGAACACUGCCUGAAGAACAAAAUGAACCUGAUGCUGCAUUUUCACUGUGCCACACCCACUCAGCAAUAACCGUUUUGGACCUGGUGGGGGAGAGGAAGAAGGAGGGUAGAACCUUAAAAAGAGACCUUGAACUGGGAAAGGUCUCUUGUCAGGGCUUGAAUUUCAUUUUGUUGUUGGUAGUGUCUUGAUUUAUUUUCAGUAGUAAGGUAAAGAAUUAUCAAUAAUUUAUUUAACAGAUUUUUUUUUUUUAAAGUUAACAGCUUUUAAAUUCUUUCUUUUUUAAAGCUAUUUAUUUGGAAGAUUUCUGGAGAAAUAUCUCACUAAUUUAGAUUUAAGAAUGUGAAAGUUUUUAAAUUAUUUUUGAUAGUGUGUAUGUUACAUGUGGGGAGGAGCCACAGUAACAGUAACUAGUCUGGACUCUUAAAUUUGAUAUUCAGGUUAAAGUCUUAAACAGGGAUUUGAUGCAUUAAUUAUUUUAAAUUAAGAUGUAUAUGAAAAUCAUUUUAUUUUAUAUAUUUCAUGUGUUUUUUAUAAGCUAUUAGCUUCGCUUUUGCUAACAUCCAAGGUGCAUACUGUUAUCCAGGUCGAUUACCUUACAUCCCACCUUCCCUCUGCACUCCCCAUCAUUUUGUGACGACACAAGACUCUUCUCUUUGCAGGGAAACACUUUCGUAGCCAACGUGUAAGAAUUACAUAAAAGAUCCCACAUUUCGCAUUUCGUUUGACAUUGCAGUUUUCUUCUAAUUAUAUAUAAAUAGGCUUCUUGCAUUUUCAUUUUUGCUGAUGAUAUCUGGGUCCCAAAGAGAACAGCUUUAAUAUCUUUUUCCUACCUUUGGGGAAAGGAUCAUAAGUUUGGUUAAAUUGUCAUGUUUAUAGUUUUUCAAAUACAUUUGUAACUACAGAGGGCCUUCUUCAUACUGCUGGUGUUGGAGGGCAGGACGAGCACCUGCCACAGAGGUUAUAUUUUAUGACGCUUUUAUUCCGUGUGUAUCUAACUUGUUGGAAAAUAUGAGAUAUGGUUUGACUUAGUGUAUUCAAAUCUGCAUAAUAAGCCGUAAUAUAAUAGGACUAUACUAUAUUAAGUUGUAUAGAAGCAAGCAUGUUGGAGUAGAUCUUUUGGGUGUAUGUGUGUCUAGUUUCUUAUUUCUUAACUUUCUAAGGAAUUAUUUAAGAUACGGAUCUGGAGUAAAAUGGUGCUUCUUGCAGUUUCUUCCGUAUGUCCUAACUUAACCAGUGCAUAUUGAGAUUAAGCAUCUGGUCAAGCUUUAAGGAAUCGUUUAUCUCCUUUAUGCACAGUUCUUACUAAAUGCCAGUUUUCAGUUGCUCUAAUAGCUUAUAUUUUCCCUUUUCUCCCCCAUGGCAUAAAAAUAAGUGAUUUCUGGGGGUGGGGUGGAGAUAUUCCCAAUUCUGACAAUAGAACAUUUUACAAGUUUCUACAAAGAAAAUAUAGGCAAAUAAGAUAAAAUUUAUUUUUAUGGAGAAGAAAUAUGGCCAUAUUGUGGAUUUGUCUCUUUUUUACUCAGCAAGGUAGCAGGACAUUCCCUUCUGUAUUAAGUGUCACUUGAAGAGCUAAGAAAAAAACCUAUACCAUCAUCUUUCAUGCUUGUAUUCAAAUGUGUAUUUUCAAAGAGAAAUAUUUCUUACUCUGUCUCUAUUCCAGUAUUUCAUGGAAUAAAUAUAAACUAGCUUAUGAAUUAGCCUUUCUGGUCCAAGCGACUGGACCAAAGUCUGGGUCUUAACUGGGUGUCAGGAAAAAGAAUUGGUAUGGAAAUACUAAAUGUCUAUAAACGGCCUACUUAAACUCUGUCUACACUAUGCCAAAACUAGUUAAGGAGAUGGGUAUAAUCAGUUAUUUGUUUGGUCAUUGGAUCUCAAGUUGUCAAAAGUUGGGGUUUGACUGAUUCUCCUACCUCCCAAUGUAUUAUUGUGACGUUUUGGUUUUCUGCAGACACCGUUUUAGUGUUAGAGUUCCCAUGAUUUUGUUUGGGUUUAAGAAAUAAGAAUUUAUAAUUUCUUCUUCCGGCUACAUCAUGAUCUGGGUUCGUUUUCUUUACAUUUUUCUU